CUUUCAUUCGCUCGCUGAACUUCGCGGUCCGCGGUCAUUGUCCCCGCGCAAUCUCCUCAUCCGCGAGUUUCACGUGUUUUUCACGAUCGUCCUCGAGCACCCGCUCAAUUUCCGCGUAGUGAAAUUGUGCUCAUUCUCUUCACAAUUUGUUUUCAACUUCAACACCGUUGUGUUCGCUAUCCGGUGCUCGUGUGUGUUCGCUCGAACCUGCAUCCAUCCGGCUCAAAUUAUCUAUAGAUUCACCCUUAAAAAGUAGUAUUCGUGAUUAUUUUGGAAAUCCCGGUUUACGGUUUCCUCCAUCUGGUGUACCGCGGUUAUGAGUGUGUUGACAUCUUGAUGUUGGAAAGUUUUUAAUGGUUGUCUAGGUCGUCCAAGAAGUGCUCUAAUUUCGGUCUACGCCAGUGCGACCCAUCAUUCUUUUCAAUUUUUACGUGAAUAGCAACUGAAUUUGUUUGUUGUUUUAUUUUAUGUGAUCUUAUGGAAUAUUGAGCGUGAUCGGUUCAGGAUACUAUCUUUUCUAUCGAUAUGACGUCAUAGAUAGCAUCCCUCAAAGCAGACUGAGGCAGCUGUUAUCGAUAAACUAUGCGUCCUGCGUCUUAGAUUCGUGCGGGUGGUUUUUUUUGCGAGUGGCCCACAGCCGAGUUUAUCCUUGUUGAGUGUUUACUUUGGUGCGCGAUGGCCAGUGAAAACAUGUCGGUAGCGGCCCCGACUGUGGAGGUGCAGAUAUCGACCCUCCUGGAUAAGAUCGAGGCGAUGCGGCAGGAGCAGUUGCAGGCCGGGCCGCCGCGGCUCCUCCCGAUGCAGGCGGAGAUGCGGACCCUGGAAUUUUGGCGCUCGGUCAUCGCCGAGUGCAUCGCGACGUUCCUUUUCGUCUUCAUCGUCAGCGGCGCCGCCUCCAGCUCCGUCACCGGCGGAUCGCCCACCUCCACCACGCUAGCCGCCGCCUGCGCCGCAGGACUCUCCGUGGCGGCGCUCUCGGCCUGCUUCUACCAUGUCUCCGGGGCUCAUAUCAAUCCGGCAAUCAGCAUUGCGAUGGCUUUCACGAAGCAGAUUUCCACCUUCAGGGCUUUCAUGUUCGUCGUGGCCCAGUGUGGCGGUGGCAUCGCAGGUGCAGCCAUCCUUUACGGGAUAUCGAACCCGAACCACUACGUGAACCUGAACGCACGGGCGAGUCAUUCGCCGUUCCACCUGAGCGCGUGGGACAGAUUCGCAUCGGAGAUGGUUCUCACGUUCGUCGUCGUCUUCACGUACUUCAUCACGACCGACCGAAAACGGAAGCUCUUCAACCGACCCCAUUUCCCCGUCGCCGCCGCCUAUUUCGCUUGCGGACUCGUCGCCAUGCCAUCUCUAAAUCCUGCGCGUGCACUAGGUCCAGCAUUCGUCUUGAACAAGUGGACAGAUCAUUGGGUCAAUUGGUGCGGUCCAAUCAGCGGUGGGAUUUUAGCUGCGUUUAUAUUCGAACAUAUUUUCAAUUCAAACAGGCAAAAGAACUCCAACACAAACAUGGAUGAAGAUUCGUCCAGUAUACACUCUGAUGAAGAUACGUACGAUGAUCUUGACAAACAACGAUCCACCUACAACACUUUGCGAGCGAUACAAAGUGGAACAGAUUUGUAUCGCACUAUGGCGGCUCAUCCAACUUCACCUAAUGGUGUCAUCCAUGGAUACUGCCCGAGUCUCAACUCUGCGAGUCUCUACUCGGCGCCUUCUAAGAUUGAUCGUGUUGAAUCGCUGUACGCAGGUACUAAGUCUCUUUACACCAAGUCGCCUGUGUUAACUCGUGCCAAUCUCCACCGUUCACAAUCAGUCUACACGAAAUCCUCGAACUCUCAACCUAUGGCUCCCAUGGCUUCAGUUAACAUGCGGGAGAGUCCUCCACGACCAGGGCCACUGAUUCCUGCGCAGUCUCUCUAUCCAAUGAGGCUCAACACCAUUUCCGCGCCAUCUCCUUCAAAUAGUAGUGUUUCCAAUCAAAAUCAACAGAAUCAGCAACGGCUCGGAAUGGAGAAUGUUUACGGUGUGAGGUCAGCGAUAAUGAAUGCUACUGGUGUUUAUGGCAAACAGGCCAAUAGCCACCAGGACUCUGGUUACAGCAAUGGUAACGGCAAUAAUCCAAGCAAGCAUUCAAAACGGGAUGACUACGGUUACACCCAUCAUAUUAGCAGUAACCAGAAAGGUACAAGUUGUAAUGCGGGAAUGAAACAGUGUAAUAGCUACCAUACUGGUAUGACACAAGGGUCCAGAAGUGAACACAGCGCGUUACAAAUGCAGCAAAAUCUAGGAAUCCCAACAGUAGGACCGCCACCACCAUACCCCCAGAGUCAACCAGGUUUACAGUACUAAUGAUGUAUCCCUACUCUAGUUCAAUUUUAAUAAGAUAUGAAAUGAAACAAAAAUCUGAGCAACUAUUUUCAGAGGAAAAUAGCAUGUUUUUCAUUUUUAGUUGAACCACUGUUGAUAGGUACUAUUCAAAGUAGUUAAGCUCCUUUUUCAGUAAGAAGUAAUUUCUCUGGAAACUUGAUGACCAAAUUAUUACUUUCACUGAUACCUUUUGUUCCUUCUUUCUUUGUUAUUUCUUUCUAUUUUUUUUUUUUUUUACUCCAUUUAUUUUCUAUCUCUUCAAAUUGUAAUCUCUAUAUGCCCCUCUCGAGAAAAGACCUUUAAUGGGGUACUUCAAAAAAGGUAAAACAAUACUUAAAGAAGACAUUUUUAAUAAUUAAGUUACCCCCUCAACGAGCUGGAUGGAUGUAUCUAUCUUAAUAUACCGACAAUGAAGCUGUUUUUGGUGUACAAACAAGGGGACUAGUGUCGUUAUGCCUCUGAUGCAUUCCAAGAUUAAAACCACCAUUACCUGCUGACACCUGAUGUCAACGCUUUGAAAGAAGAAGCAAAGUUGAUACAAUUCCUUUGUAUAAAAUUUUAUUACCCAGGCUCCUAUAUACUGCAUUUAUCUAAGCCUUAAGAAUCGAACUGUAAAAUUUUUGUUAAGUACAUUUUCAUAAGUGUGUUUGUAUUAUAUGUAAAAAUACUAUGUAAAUUAGUGUAUAAUUCUAUCGGAUGGAGAAAAUAAGCUUUUGGUCGUGGUAAAAAAACAUUUCUGAACAUUCUAAUGAGAGUUUCUCGUGGAUGAACCUUGUUGGACAGUCAACGAAACAGCUUGCAGAUUAGAAGUAUGCAUUCUCAAAAACUUCCACUCACCGUCUACGUGUACAAUAUGUCUACGUAUCAAUUUGCAGUUGUAUUGGUCCCACUCCACUAUCAGUCCUCUUCAACUUCACGAUUUUUUUCAACUUGUGAACCCAGUUUUAGAAUAGGAUUUGAAAACAUCCUCGCUUUUAACCCAGAGGACAAUAACAUCUGUGCAGCAUCCUGCAGGUCUCCUAUCUUUUUUGCCUUGACUACCGGUAAUGCAAUAAAAAAUACAUUUUUCAGCUUAAAGGUGCUUGUUUCACAAAGUUUACAAUUCACAUAGCUGACAAAUGCCAGAAAAUCUACAAAGCCUUAUUUUUAUUUUUUUCACUGGCGUUUCAUUGAUAUAGAAAUUAUGGAUAUGUAUUUUUCUUGCACUUGCCUUGCAAAGGUGCUUUCAAAGGCCCAAAAAUUAAUUGACUGCCAUUUUUUUCAUGUAAGACUUGUUUUUGUAGGUCUAUUUGUAUUUUAUUUUAUAUCAAUUAAUAAAAUGUUCAUUUUCUUCCUUAAAAGAUA